GCUGAUGCACGCUAUCUCUGCUGCUGCGAUGGCGCGCAGCGCAGCUGCCCUCGGGGGCGGCGGAACGGUAGACAACAUUGAAGGACUGAAUCCCAAUGGAAUCUACUCGAUUGUAUGGUCGUCCUGGCGCACGGGACGCGCACAGCUGAUGGCUUCACUGGCCAAGCAGCAAGAGAGGCCGGAAGUCGACCCAGAGCCUCUGGUGCGAGGCCUCCUCCUGAUGGAGAGCGCCUGGCAGCGAGUGGCCAGCCUA